CCUAUCUUACAAGUUUCAAAAAGGUUUAUGUUAUUAAGAUUUGAAGUAAUCAAUAACUUGGUAGUGUCACUACCAUUCGUCACAAAUGCUUACUCAGUUGUUUCUACAUUUUCAGGAUUUAAUCUUCUAAUGAGAUCACGUGCAGGAUUUCCGUUCAACAUCAAAGAAUACAGGAGUGUGUGACCGGCGCAGGCGUGACGUCUUUAGGAUGGACCCGCUGCUCAAGAAAGUGAUCUUUCGGUUUUUUGUCUUCUUGUCAUGUAUCUUUUUCAGUGCUUGGCUGCUUUUUAUAGCGGAACACACAGAAAAAGACAUUGUCGAAGAAAAGUAUCAACUGUUACUCUCUCUGUACGGGUUGAUGGCAUCUAAGUGCAACAUGACCAUCGAGGAGUUUAAUAAUUUUUCCAGCCUUGCGCUCGAGGCCUUGAGUGAACCAAAACCGCGGUGGACUUACCUUGCUGCAGUUGAUUUUGUCUUUCAAGCCUUCACUACAAUUGGUUAUGGAUACAUCACUCCUCAAACACCCACUGGCCAGGUAUUGUGCAUCUUCGUCUGUUUACUUGGAAUUCCCGUUACACUGCUCACAUUAAAAUCCAUCGGCGAACUUGUUACAAAAUUGGUCAGCGAAAUUAUCACCAGGUUUGAAAAGAAGAUCCUUAAAAGGGAGGAACCGAAAAAAGUGCAAACUAAGAGUGCCGUGAUCUUGUUUUCAAUAAUGGUGGCCAUUCUAUUUCUGUAUGCAUCGUAUUCGAUGUUUUCUUGGGACUGGACAAUCGUGGAAGGAGUAUAUUUCUGGUUUAUAACACUUACAACAGUCGGUUUUGGUGACUAUAUUCCUCAUAAAAUUCCCACGCAUUCUAUAAAGCUCAUAAAUACCAGCGAAAAUGACCUAAACAAAGAUGAACCAGCUAACAGAGAGGAAUUCACCACUUUGUUUUUCCUUGACAUAUUUUUCAUCAUUCAAUGCAUGUUGGGACUGUGUGUGGUUUCAAGUGUGUUAAACUCCAUCAUGGCCGCUCUUGAAGAACGAAAAAGUUGCCUUCGAUGUCCCAGAUGUGUUCCUCGAAAUAGGCAGAGCCGCCCGGAAAAUGAGCUAGAUAAGGCUCCAGAGCGGCGUGAAGCAGGGAUGACACACUUUAGAAUGGAGAAUGCCGGAUUCGAGAAGGAAGGUAUGGGAUCGGUAUCACAGAAUGAAAUUAAUUGAAAACAUUGGAUAGCAAACUUCAGAUUUUGCUUAGAGUCAUGAUCACAUGGGAGAAAGAACGUUUAUCAAGUAACCCAUCUUUUUUCACGAAAUCUCUGUACAUAAUGCCGGUACACAUAGUAGGGCAACAAUUGACACCCUUGACUUGUCGAGUCGUAUCGAUUGAAAAAGGUUUUGCUUUAAAUUUUGAUUACUCGCCUUUCUUGCAGUAACAUGCCAGUAGAAAUGAUCUCGAUUUUACGUUGCUCUCAAAACUGAAGCUCUUAUGUGAAACAUGCUCUACAUGUAGACAUCCUUAAAUACAAAAAAACUACAUGCAGACAACACAUGUAAUCAUGAAAAUGUGAAUAAAAGAUAUUUAAUUGUAGUAUAGGCACAAGCCCGGUAGCUUUGUCUUUAUUCUCUUUCAUCAUUAGUUACUACCCCGGCUAUGGAAGGGUACCAAUCUAUUAAAGGUUUUCCCAAGUUGCUCCCAAUAAUUCCCCAGUGCCCAUACCAAAUCUGGGUCACUGGCAACGUCCGAACUCUAUCAACUUCGAUAUCACGUUCAAUUCCUUAACCCCGGUAUGACAAGUAACUAAACUUCAACUGUUGUUAAUUAACAACUGGAUACUCCAGAAGACUUCGGGAAGUUUUCUUUGAGCCAUAGUCAUUAUUGCAAUAAAGUUUCUAUAUAACGCGCGCUCUGAUUAGCUGAAACAGCGUGCUUUAUCAGAGAACAAAGCACGGGUUGAUGUUCAAAUUUUUGCUUCGAAAUUUUGACAAAUUUGACCCAAAUUAAACGUUCCCUGUGACUUAGAAAAACGCGGUGGAAACGAGCUAUUUGUCUUCAGCAAAUAUGGUUGCACGGAGACCAUUGUUAACAACAGUAGAGUUAAAACUGUACUAAAAUAAUAAGUUUU